CUUACGUUUUAUGUAGAAUACAUUAGAAAUACAUGUCGUUCACAUAGCAACAGACUUUUCGGUUCGCUGUCGGGAGCCCUUUUCAGGUUAUUCACGCAUCUCUGUUCCGGUUUAUCGUAGAAUAUCCACAACUUGAAGAGCCCCGGUUUAGUGGUUGGGAUGUUGGCGGCCGAAAACCCACCUAUGGACGGACAUUUGGCAGCAUCGACUCCCCGUAGGAGAGGGAUGGAUUGUAAAUCAAGUAACAAGGCCAACAAGAAACUUAUCCAAGCUCGUCUCCCAUUCAAGCGCAUGAACCCUGAACCUAAAGAGAACCAGCCGCCGAAACGUCCUUGUGCACAUGCCUGCCCCAAAGCAGGAGCCCCAGACAGGGACAAUGAGAUUGAGUCCUCUCCACUUCCUGUACACAGUGGGCGACCAUUGGUUAAUGGUCGCGGGCCCCUUGACGGCUUCCUGAGCCGCCGGCGCACUGAACCCUCGGAUGAGAACAUGGUCAUAGAUCUGACCUCGGACAACACCAUGUCUCCAAUAAAGCGCAAUGCUUCACCCGCUGUCGCUUCUCCCUGCCUCCAAGCAAAAGACGAGCUUCAGGACAAACACAAAACUGCAUCCUCUGGGAAAACCGGCAGCGUGGAUAAAAAUCCCAAAACACAAACUUUAGACUGCACGGUAGACAGUGACGAUGAGGAGGAAGAAGAAGUAGAAGAGGUGGUCGAGGAGGAAGAAGAAGGUAAUCAGACGGCAGCUAAUUCACAGCUUGACUCAAUGCAGAAUUCUGAAAGUGAGCCAGAGGAGCUUGAGGAGUCGGGGAACGUUUCCAGCUUAGCAAACCAGUCCAUGCUGUCGGUGUCAUCAGUCAGCUCCACAUCCGAAGGUUCACCAGAGAAGUCCAAGACUGAUGACCCCACAACCACGAGUACACCUAAAGGGCCAAAGACCACCCCCAAGAUACCAUCUGAUCAGAAGAACAUCAAAAGACGCUCAUUGAAGAAUGAACAAGAGGAGAAACUCCGUCUGCGACUGGACAAAGAUCGUCAGAGGGAGGAGGCCAAAGCUGAAAAGAUGAAGCAGAAGGAAGAGGCUCGCAGGCUAAAAGAUGAGCAAGAAAAGGAAAAACGAGAGAAAAGGGAAAAAGAGAAACGAGAGAAAAAGGAGAAGGAAGACAAGGAAAAGGCAGACAAGUUGAAAGUGAAAGAAGAUCUGCGGAAAUCAAAGCUCGAGGCAAAGCUUGGAGAGAAAAGGAAGAAAGAGGAGGAGAAGCAGAUGAAGGAAGAGGAGAAACGGUUGAAAGAAGAGAAAGAUCGCCUCAAAGCUGAGAAAGCAGAAAUUACACGUUUUCUCCAGAAAUCCAAAAUCCAACAGGCUCCAAAGACCCUUGCAGCUGCGUGUGGGAAGUUUGCUCCAUUCGAGAUAAAGGAACACAUGGCUCUGGCGCCGCUCUGCCGGGUUCAGUGUGAGGACUCUUUCCUGGAGGAACUGGACCGGUGUUUGUUGAACCCGGCCGAUGGCCUGGAUGGCCUGAAGGACUGGAUCGGGCCAAAGCCGCGCCGCUCGGGACCCACCAACCCCCGACAGAGGGACUCGCUGUGCGAGUGCAUCACCACGGAAGCGCCCAAGCCAGAUGGCGUGCCGGAGCGGACGCAGUGUGGCCCCAUGAAGCUGCUGCAGUUCCACGCCAACUACCGUCCAGCGUACUGGGGCACCUGGAGCAAGAAGAGCUCGCACAUCUCGGCUCGCUGCCCCCUCAAACGAGACAAGGAUGUGUUCGACUAUGAGGUGGACAGCGAUGAAGAGUGGGAGGAGGAGGAACCAGGAGAAUCCCUGUCUCACAGUGAAGGGGAAGACGAGGAAGCGGGUGAAGCUGACGGAGAAGACGACGACGAUGACGACGGCUUCUUUGUUCCUCACGGCUACCUCUCAGACGACGAGGGGGCUCCAGAGGAAGAGGUUGGCGGUGACCUGGAGAAGCAGAAACUUCGCCAGAAAGUGAAAGCGAAGGAGUGGGACGAGCUGAUGUCCACCAAGAAGAGGAUGAAGGUGCUGGAGCCCGUGGUGAGGGGCUGCGUCUGGGAGGGAGAGGGACCCGGGCUGCAGCUCUUCCAGCCGUACGCUCUGUGUCUGGUCGCGCCUUUGCCCAAAGCCGACACCAGCCCCAGCCCGGAGGAGUUCGAAUGGAAAUGUCAGAGGGAAGCACAAUUACUCGGUCAGCUGCUGCCGCUGCUGCACGGCAACUGCAACAGCAGCAAAGUGAUCAUCACCGAGUUUCAGGAGUUUUGUCGUCAGCAGACCUCCUCCUCUUCCUCCUCUUCGCCUCCCCAACUGUCCAGUCCUCAGAGCCCAGCGGACAACGUGCCCACCAGAAUCCAGGUGAAGCGUCUCAUCAAGGGCAACGCCGUGUACGAGAAGCGCUCCGCCCACAGGCGCUGCUGCUGGUACGUGCACAAGGAGGUGCUGUCCCACUGCGGGCAGGAGGCGCUUCCUGUGCCCUGCCAUUGGACCUACCUCACCACCGGCGCUCGGGAAGAGUCCCGCGAAGAACCCCAGGCGGCCACGGGCUCUCACGGGAACUCCCCCACCACACCGCAGACCUCCUCCGCCACGUCGUCAUCCUCCAAGAGGAAGAGCACGGGCAGCAUGUCGAUCACCAAGUUCAUGAAGAAAUGCACGGACCGAGAGCAGACGGAAGCGAUGGAGGCAGACGGUUUUCAAGCCGACAACGAGGAAGACGACGAGGAAGACUGCGUCAUCGUCUCCACGCAGAGUGCCUCCACCCGAAAGACCUCCUCCAGGGAGGGAGACUGUCUGAUGGAAGUCACCCCCUCCGACACGGCGACUCUCCCCGUGGCCAGCGCCGCUCCAACGCUCGCCACUGCCUGAGGCUCCUCCUGAUCAAGCUCCGCCCCCACCCCCAACGCUCCCCCUCCAUAAAUGUCUACUUCCUGGUUCUGAACUCUACGGUGUCCAAAGACAGAAUCACGUAUUCAAGCGAAGGGGAAGCGGCACUCUUGAUACAGGCAGCUCGCAGCAGCAGGUGACUUCCACUCAGCAUCAAGCGCCUUCUCGCCUUUAAUUUUGUUUUUAAUGAUCCGCGAGUCAUCUUGCCUGGGAGGUGUAGUCGUGCCUAAAAAAAAAAUCUGGACUUGUGUGGCUUGAUUAUUAAGGGCGGAUUAUGUCCGACGAUCAUUAACUGUGUCCGAUUUUCCCGUUGACGUGUCCGUCGGACACGUUUUUGUCGAGUGCCUCUUUAAAGCCUCUGGCGCUGCGUCAGAUCGGGUUGAGGAAGAGGACGAGGAAGAGCAGAAGGGAAAUGCCCAAAUGUUCACGAGAAGAAGCGUUCGAGACGUCGAGAACAGCAUAAUUCACAUUUCUUGUGACGCUUGAAUCCAUGACGUUAUUGGAUCGCUUCGAGACUAAAUGUGUGUGUGUGUGUAUGUGUGUAAAUAUAUAUAGUUUACCAGAAUAAGGGGGGGGGGGGAAUGAGAGGCUGAAAGUCCAUCUGUACAUCUUCCCUUUUCGACUUUCAAUGGGUUCAUUCAUUCUGCAAUCUCUAACUCUGACAACCCGCUGGAGUAGUUGCUAGAUCUGUACUUGUACAGUUAGGUCCAGUUUCAGUGUUUUAUAAAUAUGUAUUUUUUUCAAGAAUACUUGAACAGGAUAAAAAUUCAUUAAACAUGAAUAAAAGUACC